AUAAUUAGGUGCAUAUAAUGUUGAUAUGUUCUUAUUAAAACUAACCUGAUUUUUAGAUCUUCUGUUAGUAAAAGCAGUGAAAAUGUCUGAAUCGGAAUCCGAUACAGAUGGAAGCUUAGUGUAUACUGCAUCAACGUCCUCUGCAUCGCAAGUGGCAGCAGUAGCGGUAAAGAGGAAUGAACUGGCAAUUCGAGUUGCCUCACUGCAGCAGGAAAACAGAGUGCUCAAGAUGGAGUUAGAGACCUACAAGUUAAGGUGCAACGCCUUGCAAGAGGAAAACAAAGCUUUGCGCCAAGCUAGUGUAAACAUUCAAGCUCGUGCUGAACAAGAAGAAGAAUUUAUCUCAAACACACUGAUGAAGAAAAUUCAAGAGCUCAAAAAAGAGAAAGAAACUUUGGUAAACAAAUACGAAACAGAAGAAGAGUUCCUGACAAAUGAACUGCAGCGUCAGUUGAGUCAACUGCGACAGGAAAAAGUUGAACUUGAGCAAACCUUGGAAAAAGAACAAGAAAAGCAAGUGAACACUUUAAUGCGGAAGAUCGAAAAACUGAAGCGUGAAACGCAUGAUAAACACUACAAGUUGGAAGAGUUGCGUCGGGAAAAGAUUGAACUCGAAAAUACUUUGGAGAAAGAGCAGGAAGGUCUGGUAAACAGACUGUGGAAGAAAAUGGACAAACUUGAGACUGAAAAGAGGCUAUUGCAGGAAAAGUUAAACCAACCGGUAAGUGCACCACCAUCGCCAAGACAGUCUGUGUCUCUUGAAGGUGGCAGCAGUGAUCAGUUGACUGCUCAUGUUCGGUAUUUAAAAAAAGAGGUUGAGUGGCUAAGACGCCAGUUAAAAGGCAUGCAAAACGAUCGUCAUUCCAAAAUAAAUCUUUUCUUAAGCGAAGAGAAGAGUCUUCGUGAGGAAAAUGCUCGUCUUCAUCACCAGCUCUUGCUGGAAACUGAGCGAAGAGAAGCUUUGUCCAGACAGCUGUCUGAAUCUGAAUCAAGCCUUGAAAUGGAUGAAGAGAGUAGACACAUACUGGAAUCUUCAAGUCAGUCGAGCCUAACAGGUGUCUCAUUGGUUAGACCAAGAGCAAUUUCAAGCCCGGUUCCAUAUGCCAUGGUUACAGCAAGACCAAUCUCACCUCAUGCUGGUACAGGACCUACUACAGGGCCUUUGGCUUUUGCCCCGCCUUCUCCACUUGGUAAAUCUGGAGCCAGUACAAGCCAAACAAACACAAGCCAUGCUUCAACAUGCUCUGGUGCCAGCAUGUCCAACAGCUCGGCAGCUUACAGGCCUGCAAACCCAUCACAGUUCAUCAAGCCUUCUCCACCCCCUUCCCCAUCGAGCCGGCCAAAGACAAUGUUUGAUUCGUGAACAUUACUGGCUGAUUUUCUCUACCAUAUCUGUGUAAAUACCAACCUAUUUAUUAUUAUACAAAGUUCCACCCAUGACUAUGUCCUUAUGUGGCCAAAUGUUGACAAUACCGCUUGUUGGCAAUAAAGACGACACGCAUAUAGAAUAAAUUCAAAUACAGUCAUUGUAAUUUUAUGUGCGAUUUAUGUACAAAACUAUAACAACACUUUUGCUUUCUGUUUAUCUAUUGUCAUUUACUGUAAUAUUUAAGUUGCUAUGGGUAUAGCAUGGAGCUUACGUUAAUGUCAAUAGAAACAUGUGCUUUUCAGUAUUAUAGCUUGUGGCAAAUCUGUAUGCAUUUCAUUUUUUCAGUUAUACGUUCCAAGAGAACACGGCUAAAAUGUCUUAAUUUGAUCAGAUCUGUUUCUGUAGCUGCACGAUAAAUUUGAUUGUAUGCUAUUGAUUCAAUCAUUAAGUUAAUAAAGCUUUUUUGUCAUGUAAU